AAUAAAUAUUGAAUGUAUUGAUGUACAAUAUAUUUCAGAAUAUGAUUUGAUGUUAAUGUACCCAUAGAGUUGAGCAGUGAACACUUACUAUCAAGUUUAAAUCAGAUUUACUCUUUGGGGUAUGUCUAGGUCUUGAAAUAUGGACGAAACAAGUUCACAAAGGUAUAUAGUAUGCGGAGUUGUAGGAUUGUUAAUAGUUCUAAACCUGGGACUUCUAGGAGUUGUUCGAUUAGUCAUUCUUCUUGUUCUUCUGGCACUCUCUUGCAUUCUGGCAUUUCUGCUCGCACUCUAUUCAAACUCCAGGGUAGAUGAAGCUGCUCAAUGCUCAAGGAUUUUUAUCAACAGGGGAGGGUUAACCCUUAAACCUGUAAAUAAGAAACAUAUCAGUCCAACAAACCUGGACCUCACAGGAUCUUCUGCUAUUGAUGCAUCACUCCAGGAGAUGAUAGAUAAUAUAAUUAAGAAUUAUGUUUUGAACUGGUAUUCAUCUGUUUCAAGUAAUCAACAGUUUCCGUCAGAAGUUCGGAACUGCUUAUCUCGCGCGUUUUCGUUGUUAUCCGAAAGGAUAGGAGAGGUAGACUGGGUAGCUUAUUUAACCAGAGGACUUGUCGACGACAUAGCCAGUCAUCUUAGACUGUUUAAACUUGCCCGUGGCAGGUUUAAAUCUCCACUGAAUGAAGGAGAAGCUAGGCCGUCUGACCUUGAAAGCCUUUUCUUCGAUGCCGAGAUUGAGAUGGAAGGAAAUAUAUGUAGAGACUCCGUCUGUUUAGAAGCAGAGAGCGAGCUUAAAUAUCUUCAGGAUCUAUCCGAUCUUCUCCUUUACCUGCUUCUACCACAGGAGGAGUUUGAAUCAGGUUCUGUGAGAACUUUAACCCGUGAGAUAUUAAGCUGUUCUGUUCUUCAACCUUUGAUUCAUCUUCUAUCUGACCCAGAUGUUAUCAAUCAAAACAUUGUAUGGGCACUCAGGGACUUCGAGGUUCGUAGUGAUGUCUUCAUUUCUACUCUUCGGCACUCGGAUAACGUUGGUGAGCUAGAGGCGUGUCGAUCAUCAGUAGUGAAGGAGAUAUCUAGGCUUAGAUCAAGAGACUCCCAAGCAGAUGAUACUGAAGAAGCAAAGGAUCAGCUUAAUUCUCUCCUUUAUCUUAAAAAGGUUGUUGACACCAGGAUCAACCGCCUUCAGUCUGGGUUUAGUAGCAACAGCUAUGGGAUCCCAGCUAACAUUGACUGGUCCUCAAAAAUUAGUGCUUCCACAAAGCUGUUGAACCUGCCCCUGGAAGUUUUACUAAAGAGCAAUAUUUCACUAUCAUACUUCAUAGACUAUAUGUCUUCUAUAGGUUGCCAGUAUGUUGUUUACUUUUAUUUGAACAUCGAAGGAUGGAAGGUUGCAGCUGAGCAGGAGCUACAAGCUCUAGAACUACAGUUGCUUAGACAGGAGGAAAUCCUGAGAACUGAAGAAACGGCAAAAGAGAGAAGCAUGAGGCAGGGGUACAAUGAGAAGGAAUCUGCAGCUCUUGAAAAUAUUAGAGAGGCUGCUUUAUCUAUCUACCAGGAGUAUUUGUCGGAUAAAGCUACGCCAAGGAUAAACCUUGAGGACACCUUAUCCAAGAGACUUGUUCUGAAAAUAAGAACUGAAACUCCUGAUCCUGGAUGGUUUGAUGAAGUAGCAGGAAUAAUCUACCAUCAACUGGAGACGGAUGAAAAGUAUCUUUUCAACUUUAAACGAAGCAACGGAUAUCUUAAACUAUUGGCAGAGCUAGAUAUCAAGGUGUGUGGUUAUGACGAAGAUGAAGAUGAAAGUCUUGGAAGUAUUGGGGAGUCCUUAGGUGAGAAUAGUUCUAAUGGGAGUGUAGAAACAACCAGUUGUAAAAGCAUGGGUACAGAAUCUGAAUAUGAGGGUUUAACGCGAUAUCCAUCCUCAAAUUUCAUAUCAAAGUUUGAACCAGUUCCCCAAGUUGCCGGCAGGUCUUCUAUUCAGGAGAUUAAGGCUGAAAUAACAGGAGCUGAACUGGGAAGGGAAGCGAAUGGAAAACAGUUUGCAAUCUACGUUAUAUUUGUUAAAAAAGAUGAAAACAGUUGGGAGGUUUCCAGGCGAUACAGUGAUUUUCAUUUCCUUCAAACUUCUUUGUGUGGACAGUUUCCAGCCCUGGAGAGAAUUCCUUUUCCUGGGAAGAAAACAUUUGGAAACCUAGAGCGAAAUUUGGUUCAGAAGAGACAAAAGAUGUUGAAUGCUUUUCUUCAAGAAGUAAUUGAUAGCUCCAAAUCUUCAAGUAAUUUUCCUGGACUGGGAGAGCAAAUUAUUGAGUUUGUACUGCCUGACUGGAGUAUGGAACGCAAAGGGGUGAUGGAGAGGGCAGUAACAGCUGUUUCUCAGGAUAUUCAACGAUCUGUGAAGAGUGUGAGUAGUGCAGUAACCUCAGUUCCUGGUAAUAUUGUCAAGAAUGUUGAUACAGUCAUGGAUGGAUUUACAAAAGCAUUUAUACAAAAGAAUAUCAGCUGUGAUGUAGAUGUGGUCAGUUCAGUCAAGGUUGGAGCAUCUAUAGAAGAUAACGAAGAGAAUAUUCCUCUCAGGAAAUAUAUAUAUAUCAUUAUUCACACGUCUGUUCUACAAUGUACAACUUAUUCAUCUUGGAUAUUACGUUGUCACAUUCAGGAUAAUCAUUGCAAGUAUUUCAUGCCUCAUGUCAUAAAUGCAUUAUUAGUUUUUUUUAGUUUCAUUUUCAGAGGUUAUUCUACCAAGUUAUAAGAUUCACAACCUACCAGGUUCAUGAUGCAUAUAAGAGCUCGGAUGCAUUUGUUGUUGUAACCAGUCUUUGGACCGUUACACGGUGGAGUAAAUCGGUUUGAAUAUAUAUAUGACCUUAAGUUGUGAUCAUGUUAUGAAUCACAGGGGUAAAAUCUCAAUUUCUGUCAAAUUUUUGGAUGAAAAACUUUAUUCAAACUAAUAUAUUCUUUAGUAAUUAAACUUUUUUUUAGUCAUAAGUUUCAUUCUGAAUGCGGUUCCUCUUGGGGAGGGAUAAUUGAUAAUAUUUAGAACUAUAUUCAGAAUUUUUCUUAGUCCCCAGUUGUUUACAAAACUUUGGCUUGCUUACAAUCUAUCAGCUGUUUCUUUUCAGUUUUUGUGCAACGUUGCUUUAGAUAGAUACAGCUUGGGUCUCUACUCUCUAGUUUCCUGUUUUUGUUUACUCACAGUCUAUUGUUCUCUCAGGAGG